CAAACCCCAUAUUUGAGCAUUGAACUUUUUUCUAUGACUCAUCUAUAUAAUAAUUAUCCAUUUCAAUUUGCACUCCCAAUCAUUACUCCCCCGAACAGUUUGCCAUGGAAGAACCUCAAGAAUUGCAGCUCUCCAUAAGAGAAUCAGAAGGAGCCAAAGAAAAGAAUCCAAAUGAUGGUACAGAAGCUAAUUCAGACCAGAAAACAAAUCCAAUUAUAGAUAUCAAUGAUUGCCCAGAUCAACCAAGCACUACAAUCAAAGACCAAAAGAGAUAUCGUUGGAUAAAAAUAGCCUUGUGUUCUAUCUCUGUUUUGCUGGGCCAAUCAGCUGCAACAAUGCUGGGAAGAUUGUACUACCAACAAGGUGGACACAACAAAUGGUUAGGAACACUUGUCACGCUUGUGGGUUUCCCUAUUCUCAUCCCGUUUUAUUGUAUUCCUGCAUCCAAAUGCCCCUCUGCAACGACUAGCAUUCAUGUCAAUCAUGAACCAUCUGUUUCAAUGUCAGCGUUUGUUUAUGUCUCUCUUGGCCUUCUUCUUGCAUUAGACUGCUACUUAUUCUCUUUUGGUCUCUCUUACCUUCCUGUUUCUACAUUUUCUCUUAUUUGCUCCUCAGAAUUAGCCUUCAACGCCUUCUUCUCCUUCUUCCUUAACUCCCUCAAACUCACACCUUACAUCAUAAACUCCCUAGUCCUUUUGACUAUCUCCUCUAUCCUCCUUGUGUUUCGAAAUGAUUCUGCUUCAGAAUCCAUGCAAGUUUCAAAAAAGAAGUAUGCAAUUGGUUUCAUAUGCACAGUUGCAGCCUCAGCUGGGUAUGGACUCAUGCUUUCUCUGACACAGCUUGCUUUCAGGAAAGUCUUCAAAAAGACAAGUUUCAAAGUGAUUUUGGACAUGAUAAUGUACCAAUCACUUGUGGCAACUUUGGCAAUAGUAGUGGGGCUGUUUGCUAGUGGGGAGUACAGAGGUUUGAAGGCAGAAAUGGAGGAGUAUAAGAUGGGGGAAAAAAGCUAUGUGCUGAAUUUGAGCUUUGCUGCUAUAGCAUGGCAAGUUUUUAAUGUGGGAACUGUGGGCUUGAUUCUGGAAGUGUCGUCUGUGUUCUCUAAUGUGAUAAAUGUUUUGGGAUUGCCGAUUGUGCCUAUUUUGGCUGCGGUGUUCUUCCAUGACAAGAUGAAUGCGUUGAAGGUGAUCUCUCUGGUGCUUGCUCUUUGGGGCUUUUUAUCAUACAUUUACCAGCAGUACUUAGAUGAGACCAGUUCCAAUAUUGAGCGCAGAAACAGCGUUGAUCUUCCAGGCGAUUCAGAAGAGAUUAACGGAUUAUCUGGGCAAGUCGAAACAGUUCAGUGAAGCACUCUGAGACCAAGAAAUUCGUUGUAAUAUCCAUAUGUAAAUCGAAGUUGGAUCUAAUAAUUGAAUUCCUAUGUCGUUGGGUUAAUGUGAGUAAA